CCCGCCCCUGCCCCGGCCGCGGGAGGUUGAAGCGUCUGAGGGGAGCGAGGGGCGGGAGGGCGAUUCCGCCCGCUUCUUUCAUCCUUCGCCCGGUCCUGGGGGAUUUGUGCUCCCCCAGGGGUCUCCCUUCGCUACUCAGCCCUGCGGGCCGCUGCUGUGGCUGCGUUUGUGGGGUGUAGCACCUCAGAAUGAGCUUCAUGGGUCGGUGGCCCUGCUUAUAGGCCGCUCAGCCUUCGUCCUGCUUCCCUGCAGGUGGAAAACUAGCAAGGCAAAAUCUGUACUGAGUGUUAAUAGUUCCUUUUGUUGUGGAGACAGUAAAAGGAGUGAGUGCCGUUUUAUAACGUUGCUAUAAACAGGAAAAUUGAGGACGUAGUUACAGACGUACCCGAAGUGCAAAAUUCAAAGACUGCCAUUCACCUCGAGAUGGAAGAGUCAGUGCUGGAUAAAUUGCCAUCUCUGUGCAAUACUCCAAAGGAUGCCGGGGCAGCACCUGCACAGGGGCCUAGUUCAGGGAAACAGCAAAUGAGUGCAGCUCUGAGGGAACGAUUAAGGAAAACAAGACGUUCAUUUAAUGCCAAUUUGACAGUGGCAAAGCGGCUCAAAAUAGACACUGAUGACAAAGACUCUGCUGGUGCUGACACAGGGUGCUUGCCAGAGACAGGUACAGACUGUUCUAGAUUACAAGAUGGUUCUGAAAACCUGCAAGGAAAUGGCACUGGACACAUGUGUUUGAAAAGUCCCUCACAGGAGAGUGAUCCCUGUGGGCCAGCAGGGAAUUCAGAUGUGCUACAGGUUGAUCUGGGUCAGCAACAGUCCCUGGAAGAAAAAGUAAAGCUGCUGAAACAAGUGCAAGAGAAGGAAGAGCUGCUUCGUAGGCUCAAACUGGUGAAGAUGUAUCGAUCCAAGAACAACCUGUCUGAGCUACAGGCUUUGAUAGUGAAGUGGAGGAGUAGCACCCAGCUGAUGCUGUAUGAGCUGCAGUCGGCCUUUUCUGCAGAUGGCAAGAAAGUGAGUCUCACUCAGCUCAUUGAUACCUUUGGGUUAGAGGAUCAAUUACUGCACUACAGCAGAACAGAAGAAGACUUUGUAGAUGCAUAAUCUACAGCUGCAGAGCUUUCUUUGCACAGACACAAAACAGAAAAGACUGAAUAAAUUCUGAUUGUGUCAGAAGUGUUGGUCAGACAAUGGACUUUAUUUUUUGGGGUUAGGAGGUUUUCUCCAGAGAUACUUGUAAAGCUGUGUCCAUAUAUACAGUAGGCACUGUAAAAGGCAUUACUUAAUGGAAAAAAAUCAAACUGGUGAUGUUUUGGAGAAUUUGGCUUAAUGACUUGUCAGUGAAUUUUUAUUUAAUAAAAAUCAAGUCAGAGUUUAACAUGUAGAGAGCAGUCCAUUUUUUGAUUAGUCUCUGCGUGCUGAUUAGUCUCUGCAUGGUUACUUGUAUUGAAAUAACUCAAAUUGUCAAUUCUGUUCAUGUUCAGAGGGGGAGAACAGUUCACUUUGUUUGUAGAUACACCCAUUUUACAAAUAUCUUCCUAGUGCAGUCAGCCAAUGAGGGCCAAUGACAGCAUUUUGUGAGUUAAGUGAAGAUAACCAGUUUUGAUGAUGUUAAUAUUCCAGAGCUGAGAUCAGCUGUUCUCACUAGCUGUAACUCCUGCUGAGGGAGAUGUGCUGUACUGCAGUUGCUUUCAGGGACUGCUCCAGACUGUCUCCUCAGGGCUGCUGCCUCAUAAGCAUUCUGCCACAGCCUGAGGUAAUGGAAGGGAAGGCAAGAAAAUUGAAACUAACUUUAUACUCUCCUACUACAUCUGAGAGCCAAGGUGGUUUGUCUUUUAAAAUAAAUAAAAAAAACAAGACCUUGUUUAAUGGGAUUGCUUCAAAUACAGCAUCAUAAAGCUAAAUAAAUAUUUUCUAUUUCAUUUAUUCUCCAAUAAAUGCCUUUUUGAAAAGUU